UACGGAUCCCCUUGCUUCAGUGCAAGUCAAGGCACAUAGCAGGAACCACCGCCUGGAGGUAAGGACGCACACAGCUCAAUCUGCUGCUGUGUUGAAGACCAAGAAGAAGCCGAGCGCUGAUUCUUUGUAUCCCUCAGAGCAGUAGAGCUAACACCGCUGCAAACCGACUUGCCGCUGACCGAGCCAAUUUUUUUCUAUGCAACUGUCGCGCGUCUCCACUUUGGAUAGAAAUAGCUUGAUCACUGCGCGCCGCAGAGCGCAAAGGAUCCGUGAGGCUUCGGUUUGAAAGAGUGGGAGAGAUCUCUCCUUCGGACUGCAGUACGAUGAGGAAAUUCUGAGGUGGCAGCACUCCUCCGUCCACUUUUACGCUUCCUUUGGCUGUUCCCAAAAGGGCUAGCCCAUGUGCAGGUAUCCCCUUGAGUGUGAUUCUGUUUUCACCCAGAUCUCUGCUGCCUGGACAAAUGCAUACAAAUGCAUUUAGGAGCUCAACGGACAAGGAGUGGACACGUUUCCGCGGCAGCAACGUGGAACUUUCUCCUGCUCCUGUCAGCAUGCUCAGCAGUACUCUCCGGAGAAGAAGACUAUCUAUCUCAAGGAGUGGAUAUCCUCUAUCGAUUGGGACUUACAACUCAAAGCAGCACAGAAAAUCCCUACGAGAGAACAAGCUCUCCUCCCAUCACUUACACCGAUGUUCCCUCAACUUUGGAUGUCCCCGUUUCUGGAUAUGGGGUGCUACUCAACGCUACGUCUCUCUAUGAGGUUCCAGCAGGCAGUCUGUUCCCACCAGAGUUUGGCGAGGAGUUUUCCGUUGUGGUUAGCCUAAGCACUUGGCGAGCAAACAAUGCGUUUCUUUUAAGUGUCAGAGAUGGCAGGGACAGGCUACGUUUCGGCAUCCAGUUGCUACCACGCAGAGUGGUGGUACAUACUGCCGAGAAAACCUCCGUCUUCUUCAACUACGACUGGCAGGAUGGGCGUCAGCACCCUUUUGCUGUUGGUGUUCGCGCUCGUUCAGUGUCCUUCUAUGCGGAAUGUGGAGCGGUGCAGCAGCAAGAACAGACCCUGGGGAGAUCUCAUACAUUGGGGCGCUCUGGGGGUCUAUUCACUCUGGGGAGGAUGAACUCCAAAGGGGCACCAUUCAGUGGUCGAGUCUGCCAACUAGAUAUCUAUCCCUCAGCCAAAGCUGCCGCGCACUAUUGUAACUACCUUAAAAAACAGUGCCGGCUGGCCGACACUUAUCGAUUGCCUGUGCCACAUCCUGGUUUGGAUAUUCAGGUUAAUGAUCCCCCGUACACCUCUCUGACAGAGUCCCUUCCUGGAGUUGCAGCUACCCAUCAUACCAUUAUCAAAGCCACAGCAGUCGUCAAACUGUCCCCACAGCAUUUAACAGUACAACCUCAUCUGAGGGACCAAAGCCACAUUUCCACAUUAGAACCACUCGACCACCUAGCCACAUCCUCAGUCCAGUCUGACGGCCCCACUUUUGUGACCCCAAGUAGACAAGCAGCUCUUGAUCUUCCGUACAGCACAACAGUCGCUACUCCCAAACAUGUGUUGGUGGAGGAAAGCAGGUCCCAGGGGGACAGUGACCACUCAGAAAACAGCACAGAGGAGGAGAGCAGCUCAUGGAUCGAGCACACUCUAGAUGCCACCCCAAGUCUGGGCUCCCCAGUCAAACAAAGUCGAGUGAAGGAAACGCUCAGGAACAACUCAAUCACCAGCUUGAGUCACCAGCCCCCACAAACUCAUCAUGUCUUGGAGACUAAUCUGAAAGCCAACAGCACCACUCUGUACAGGGAAAAUCAGGUGGACUCCUCAGAACAGCAUGAUCUGGAUGGCAGCUAUGAUGAUGUAGAUAUGGGAGGAUAUGAUUAUGGAUAUGAGGAGCCAGACUUUUUCUACGAUUAUGAAGAUGGAUUCCGUGGCCCCAAAGGGGAGCCAGGUCCUCCGGGUCCUCCCGGUCCCCCUGGUUUACCUGGUCCUCCCGGCAAAAGAGGUUCUCGGGGUCCCACUGGUCCACAUGGAAACCCAGGACAGCCUGGACCACCUGGGCCCAAGGGCUCAAAGGGAGACCCCGGGCUGUCUCCAGGCCAGGCUCCACCAGGAGAUAAGGGUGACAGAGGUCCACCAGGUCUACCAGGACCAGAUGGAUUCACAGGUCCACCGGGUCCCAAAGGUUAUCCAGGUCCGCCUGGAAUGCCCGGAGAACAGGGCAUACCAGGACCUCCCGGAGAAGGUGGAGCUGCAGGUUACCCUGGCAGGCAGGGCUCAGCUGGGCCACAAGGUAGCCCUGGACCUAAAGGAGUCCGUGGUUUCAUUGGACCUCCUGGUGUUGCUGGGCCGCCUGGACUGGAGGGAGAGAAAGGCAUUCCUGGUCCUGUUGGAAAACGUGGCCCCAAAGGAAGACACGGUGUGGUGGGUGAUGCAGGAGAGAGGGGGCCUCCUGGUCCAGAUGGCAAUGAGGGCCCUGUUGGUGGGAUUGGCAUCAGCGGCUUCCCUGGUCUGAGAGGGGAUCCGGGGCCUGAGGGACCACGAGGUUUGCCUGGUCUGGUGGGACCUCAGGGCCCAGCAGGACGAGCCGGCCUGCCUGGAUUGAAAGGUGAUAAGGGUGAAGUAGGACAUAGGGGCGAGCCAGGAGAGACGGGGUACCAAGGUGAUAAGGGUGCCCUUGGUGCACCAGGUGUUAGUGGACCCAGAGGGAAACCAGGACCCCCGGGUAGAAUUGGAGAAAUUGGGGCACAAGGACCACCUGGGCCUCCAGGACCAGAGGGAUUUCCUGGAGACAUUGGAGUGCCAGGGCCCAAUGGUCCACCUGGACCAAAGGGUUUGCUUGGUGCAAGAGGUCCCCAAGGCCCACCAGGUCCAAAAGGAAUACAGGGUGAUGAAGGACCUCUCGGCCCACCCGGCAGCAUUGGACCCACUGGAAGAUCUGGAAGGAAAGGCUACAUAGGUGAACCUGGCCCUGAGGGUUUAGAGGGAGAGAAAGGCGACAUGGGAAAUGUUGGAAAAAUUGGACCACAAGGUCCGGUAGGCCUGAUUGGAAUAGGUGGGGUGAUUGGAGUUCCUGGUGAAAAGGGCGACCGGGGACCACCGGGUCCAACGGGUCCAGCUGGGGAGAAGGGGCCGAGGGGUUAUCCAGGGUUGCCAGGAGGUCCAGGGGACAUCGGCCUUCAAGGAGCACCUGGUCCACAGGGACAGAGGGGUGGACCGGGCAUUGCUGGGCCAAAGGGUAGAAUGGGACCGCGGGGUCCAGAUGGCCCUUUGGGAGAACCAGGUCCUGAGGGCACCAAGGGUGAUAAGGGUGAGACUGGACUAAAUGGAGAGCCAGGAUUCAUAGGCAAGCCUGGCAGUCCCGGAGAGAGAGGCCCUCCUGGAAAGCCUGGUAAACCAGGAACGGCAGGGAGCACAGGGGAGAGGGGGCCCCAAGGUGGACCAGGACCCAAAGGACCUCCUGGAGAGGCGGGACCUGAUGGGGAGCAAGGAACUGAAGGUGUGCCAGGUGUAGAGGGGGAACCAGGUGCCGUCGGAGAGCCAGGGUUAAAGGGUGACAUUGGGCCUCCAGGGGCUGAAGGGGAGCAAGGACAGGACGGAAUUCGAGGUCCUCCUGGUCCUCCUGGUGAAGAUGGCCCUCAGGGGAAAGACGGAGCUAAGGGCGAACCUGGUGAGCGUGGCCCAUUUGGGGAGCCUGGGGACAAAGGGAAAGAAGGAGACCCUGGGCCCCCAGGACCUCCUGGAGAACCUGGAAAACAGGGCUUCCGUGGGCCAGAAGGAAAACUGGGCCCUCCAGGGAAUAGAGGACGUCAUGGAAAGAAGGGAGAGAGGGGUCCUCCAGGUGUUGCUGGUGAGACUGGCGCAAGAGGAGACAUUGGCCUACCGGGCGAAGUGGGGCUGAAAGGCGCCAGAGGAACUCGAGGCACACCUGGUCAACCUGGAGUCAUGGGGAUGGAAGGGCAACCAGGACUCCCAGGAUACCCAGGUCACUUUGGCAAGUCUGGGCCCAUUGGACCACCAGGGCCCAAAGGUGAAAAGGGGUAUCCAGGCGAGGACAAUAAGACCCCAGGACCACCAGGGCCCUUAGGUGAACCAGGGCCUCCAGGUGAACGAGGAGAGCGUGGAGAACCAGGGGAUGAAGGAUAUCAGGGCCAUGUUGGUACCAUUGGAUCUCGUGGGGCUGUUGGACCACAAGGCCCCCCCGGGUCACCAGGCCUCGCUGGGGAACCAGGUCCAAAAGGAGAAAUAGGAGUGCCAGGUGCAGCUGGAAAGAAAGGAGCAAGGGGUCUGACUGGAGCUGCUGGCACUGAAGGCCUGACUGGUUUACCUGGGCUCAUGGGACUGAGGGGUUAUCCAGGGCCAGAAGGUCCCCCAGGACUGACUGGCUUACCAGGACUACCAGGAAUAAAAGGACGGCAGGGCCAGAGAGGCUCGGUGGGAGCGGAGGGACCUGCUGCUCGUCCAGGUCCCAGAGGAGAGCUCGGACUUCCUGGACCACCUGGAGAAAGAGGACCGCCUGGCCAGAAGGGAGAACUCGGCCUCCCAGGGGACAGAGGAGCCUCUGGAAUAAAAGGCAUGGAGGGAGCUACAGGUGACCAGGGCAGAAAAGGUGAUCCAGGACCUAAAGGACAACCAGGGGAAUCUGGAGAUCUGGGAAUGGUUGGUUUGCUGGGCUUUCCAGGGCCAAAGGGGCCGACUGGUGAUUUGGGACUGAGAGGCUUCCCUGGUCCUAAAGGCCCUGUAGGGAUUCUGGGAUUCACUGGACCUGUAGGACCUGAAGGAACAAUGGGCCCAAUGGGAAAACCUGGGCCGAGGGGACCAAAAGGAAACAAUGGCGAAAUGGGGCCUCAAGGACCACAGGGAAGUCCAGGACCUAGAGGACCCCCUGGUGCUCCCGGUCCAACAAGGCAGAUAUAUGAUGACUCAGCAGUCUACAGUCUAUCUGACUCCAGUGGCGUCCUCAGGACAGAGAGUUUCCAGAACAUGGAGAUGAGCCUGCCGGACCAGAACACAGAGAUCCUUAAGACCUUACAUUACCUUAGCAGUGUGAUUGAGAGCAUCAAGGAGCCUCUGGGCACGAGGGAGAACCCGGCUCGGGUCUGUAAAGACCUGCUGGACUGUCAGCACAAGAUCAAAGACGGUUGGUUCUGGGUUGAUCCAAACCUGGGCUGUACUUCUGAUGCUUUCAGAGUAUUCUGCAACUUCACUGCAGGGGGGCAGACUUGUUUACAUCCAGUGACAUCUGAUAAGAUGGUGUUUGGUGUAGGCAAAGUCCAAAUGAAGUUUCUCCAUUUACUGAGCACAGAGGCUAGCCAAAACAUCACGCUCCACUGCCUGAGUGAUCCACCCUACGGCACCACAGACAGCUUCAGCUCUGCCGGACCAAUACACGGAGACAACACCAGGAUCCGGUUUCGUGGCUGGAACAAACAAAUGUUUGAGAAAGACACACUACUUGAACCACAUGUGCUACAAGAUGAGUGCAAGAUCCAAGAUGGCAGCUGGCACCAGUCACAUUUCUUCUUCCACACUCAGGACAGUUGUCAGCUACCUAUUGUAGAACUUCAGGAGUUUCCCACUUCACAGCUCAGAAGUCAGCGUCACAUAGAAACCGGUCCGGUCUGCUUCCUCUGACACCAACACUGCUCCUCCUAGAACCCACUUACAUAAACCACUUACAGACAUUUAAAAAUGCCUCCCUACCAAAGAGCCUUGCACGGCAAGCCUGAGCGAGUGUCCAUGAUAGUUUGUGUUGGCUGGGACUUUGAGAGUAACAAUUGCCCAAUGUCCAAUCGCGUGCAAGACUAACGUGGAAGAACUUUGUGGAACAUCAGCGCAGAGAGGCCAGAAGAGAACAAUAUAUGCAGAUAUUUAUCAAAUAAAUGUGUAACGUUUAGUUUCAUUUUAGUUGAGCGGUGGUUAGGUUCCCUGCAUAUGAACCCAUAGUACUCCCUGACCUCAGGGUAUGGCUUCAUAAUGCAGCAGCCUAUCCACACUCAGUCUCCCCUCUCACCCAAACACACCCAGGCCAUCAUGAGCAGGAGCCCAACCCGGAAGGUCGUGCCAAGCCUCUGCAUAGGGCACUGUCUAACUAAAGGUUAAUAUGAGUGCAAUAGCAUGUGGGUAAUGUGUGACUGCUUUCAUACUUAAUUUUCCUAUCAGAGACUUUAUUUGACAUUGUUUUCAUAAUGUUUUUGUCUUUGUCUCAGUCGGACCCGUACACCGUGACAGAUGGUCCUCUACCUCUACCUGCUUAUUUACUUUAUAGAAUAGUUGCUAAUGUCAAGUUAGUCAUUUGUGUUGUAUGUACCGGUUACAUCGAGAUUUGUUAUGUUGUAUAAGUACUUAUGUUGAUUUGGUCAUUUCUAAUUUAUGAACCAUUUUUUUUGAUACACUACAUAUUUUUGUAGCUUUUCCUUCUAUGUGGUGGGUUCCUCAUGGGAAACCUAUCAUUGGUGCUGCAACAAAGAAUAAGAAGAGUCAUCAGUGACAUUUCCUGUGUAUAUUUUGACAGCAUACUGUAUGUUUAUUUAUAACCUUUUUUUUUGUUUGCAUUACUGUAACACAGUAAGUUGUACUCUCAGAGAACUCAGCCACAACUCAGUCUAACAACAGUAUUUAUGUUUAAAAGGAGUUUCAUACCUGUGACUGUAUGUUCAUUCAUUUCUCAGUUCAUUCAAAGGACUGGCACUAGGUCGGAGUCUGACAAAAAAAGAAAACUAUCGUCAUACUCUUAAGUUAAAUUUCAGAAAAUUGUCAUUAUAUUAAGUCUGUGGAGCAUAGGACGGGAUGCAAAUGUGUAAAUAAUAAAUAAUUUUACAAACAAAUAAAUGGAGCAUUUUAUCCACAAA